UAGGCGACGAAUGUUGCCUUCGUUGAGUCAAGGGAAUAUAUCGGGGGAGGGAGCUUAGUGUCAUUUUCAUCCGGUAAUAGGCAUAAAUUCAAAUUGUACGGAAUACAUUUCGGAAUACAAUACAUAAACAGGACAUUAAUCGAGGGUGAGGCGUGAGUGAGACGACAACAAAAGCAGUAGUUGUUGUCACAGAAAAAUGGCACAAUUGUGGCAAAUGACCAGAGAGGUGUUUAUCUCGUUGAUGGGACAAUCGGACGGAGGGGACAUGCAUUGCAAAUGCGAUUGGACGGACGAUGAUAAUGAAAAUAGUGAGUUGGAUGAAUCAUCGGGCAUCGGGACAGUCAUUGUCAUCUUUAUGGUAUUGGCGGGUCUGUUCAUUGGCGCCCAUUGGAUACCCAGUCAAUUGACCCAGGGAUCGCGUCUUCAACGACGGGAGCAACAACAACAACUACAACAACAGCAGCAGUUACUACAACAACAACAACGGGGUCAAGCAAGUCGCACUGAAUUGAGAAAGAAGGCAUUAAAUAAGAUUAAUAAUAAUCAUAAUAACACGAUUGCCGACUCACUUGACGAUUGGCAGGAUGUGCUGUUGCCACAAAAUGGCGAGGAGGUAUACUGGCUUAUACAGGCCCAGCAACACAAUCUGCUGCUGCUCAACAAUGAUCAACAGCAACUGCGAAAUGAUCAACAGCAGCUGCGACAGUUGCAACAACAAUUGAUGUUAACACUCUCCCUGCAGGAUGUGUACCACGAUCUGCCCAUCGAGGACAGUGACGAGGAUCAUUUUAGGGAUAUACUCGACUCUAGUCAGGUCGAAUUAACUCUAUUAUCAACAUCCACAUCGACAACAACAACAACUGCCACAACAACAGCAACUGCAACAGCAACGGCAACAACAACACCAAUGAUCAAUAGCUAAAAUUUAUCAUCUGUUGAUCUGUGGAGCGAGCAUGUCUUCUUAAUCUUUCACCUAAUCUAAUUGCCAUGCCAAAGUUAUUCACAAACACUCACACGCACAUCCCAAAUAGACCAGAAUUUCUGACCUCAAACACUUUAAACAAUAUUCCGAUUAUCCACUUUUAGCCGUAUUCCAAAUUUCAAAUAAAUAAUAUCAAUAGGCACCCUCCCUAAAAA